UGACCUAUAAUAUAAUCGUUAUCGUUUCGAGGAACCGCAAAAGAGGAAGGUCCAUUGAGUUUCUACGAAUUACAUGUGAAUGGUAUUUAUUCUUACGCAGUCGCUCGAAACUGAGUACCUACUUUCAAAACUCAAAUAUAUACAAGGACUUGUGUUUCCUUUUUUGACACGAUGUCCGAACAGAAGCGAUAAAACAAGGAACGGAGUAUACCCUAAAUUGCUUUCGUAAUUUCUUGUAAUUAAUGGGACGAUGUUAAGAAAAAAAGGAAAGAAAGAAUGAAAAAAAACAAAAAACAAAAGUAACGAAAAGAAGAGAGAGAAAAAGAAAGUGGAAGUGUAGUGGGAUGGAAGGGAGAAUUUAAAGACAAAAUAGCUCGUAGAGCGGAUUGCUCGUAAAUCAACAUUAAUUCUAAGUGACGUGUGACCGACACUUCGCUCACGUUCGUUGGAAGCUAAGAUCGUCCGGAGGAUGGCAUAAAACGGAAUAUUAUUCUCGGCCGGCAGCAUGUGCUAUGUUAUAGUUACUGGUCGCAGUCUCCUCUGGACGCUUCUGUCUUUAGCGGCGUUAAUGGCCGUUUUAUCGGCUCUCCUUACCCCGAAAUGGCUCGUCGGACCGCACACAAUUAAGGACACGAAAAAUGGCACGGAAUUGUUCGUGCCGACAGUUGGAAUUUUCAAUCGUUGCACGAGAUUAUAUGGAAGGACGCAUUGUGCUAAUUUCAACGUUGAUGGAUUCGCGACGCAUUCCUCGGUCUUUCCAGGAUUCUGGAAAGCUUCUCUCUUCUUCGUAUCUUUCGGUUUGGCCGUGAUGACGAUGACCGUAUUAGCUGCUCUUAUCGGAUGUUGUAUUCAGAGUAUCGGGAGAAAGAGUAUCUUCGAUUUGGCUGGUGUAGCUCAAGCAAUAGCCGGAAUACUUUACUUAGUCGGAUUGAGUUUGUAUCCCGCUGGAUGGGGUGCUGAAAGAGUACGAAGAAUUUGUGGUCCAGAAGCUGACGCCUUUCAUCUCGGGGAUUGUACUCUUGGUUGGGCUUUUUAUAGUGCCGUAAUAGGUACUGGCCUAACUUUUGCAGCAGCUAUGCUCAGUGGACAAGCCGAAAAAUCGACGGCAAGUGAUAAGGUUCAAGAUAAGAUGAACGAGGGAAGGACGCUAAUAUGCUUGGCUUAAAAAAAGAGAUUUUAUUCAAAAUAAUAUAAAAAUAAAAAUGGUGAUAUUUCUUUGGAUACUCUAAUAAGAAUCCUCGAGAAUUUUUUUGACGAAUCCUUUUAUGGGACCAAGCGACAAUUAAUGUGAUCGAUGUUCGCAUUCAAUAUCGAAAGCAUGAUUACUAUAUUGCUCUCGUUUUUCUACAUGAACGUUUGGAGUACUUAUUCGUAGGAUAUCUUCCGAAAAUAAUGUUCGAUAUUAAUCGAUAUACGAAUGUGUGUUUUGUAUACGAUAUUCAUUUAGAGUAUUAUACAAGGUGGAUUAUUCGAAGUCUCAUUAGAAUAUGUAACAUUUAUAAUACAGAUUUGUAAGAAAGUUAGUGUAUAGAUAUAUACACUAUA